AUGAAUAGGCCUCUACAGAUACGCCUAGCACUCGUUACCGCCGAUCCAAGACGCAGCAGCGCACAACUCAUGGAAGUCAACCUCCCGGCGGGACGUCCUGCUCGCAGAUCGUCACAAAGUGGAAGCAGGACGAACGUGACGGGGCAUUCGAAACGUCCACAUUACAUGGCCCGCUGCUCACGCUCGUCCAGCGACACUCAGGAUCCGCUCAAAAUUGCGCGCCGUUCGAUGCGCUCGCAACCCGGCAAUUUUAGGCUGAGUGAUACCCAGACAGAGUCGACAGGAAUCCGUCGUAUCUUUAGCGGCUCUUUCCCUGGGAUGGGGUUGAACGUCGCGGAGAAGGAGAAGGACCUUGGCCGCGCCAUGUGUAGUUAUCGCUUCCCUGGCUUCGGCGGUCCGCAAUAUCGCGGAGAAGGGAAGAGGCCGGGGACCACAUGCUUCAUUCCCAUGGAGGUUCCGCCGCUGGAGGUUGACGCCACAAUCAUUGAUAGGGCCGGUACCAGGGAGCCAAACCCGCUGAGAGUCCGAGUCGACGAGAGCCAUUUCAAGGACAUCGCAGGGAAGACGAGACCGCGAAGAACGACGUCCAUCGGCAUUCUCACAAGCCAGCCCCGUUCACUCUCCAUCAACCAUAUACGCGGCCUGCUUACCCAGAGGCGGUACAUAUCCCGAAUCCGAGAGCUGCGGGACAUCACCGAGAGGAUGGAGCUGGGAAUUAGAGAGCGGAUCAACCCUGGGCCCGGCUUUACGGACGUUCCGGGAAGACCCGCCCCCUUCGAGAUCACCAAGCUGACAACCCAGUUCCCAACACCAAGCCCCGUUCACUCGCCGCCAAACAUAUACGCGGCGUGCGUGCGUACGGUGCGGGAACUGGCCAUGGAUGUUGGGAACUGGGGAGCGGAUCAACCAUGGGUCCGGCGACCGGGGCCGCCGGGUAUCUCGUUCCAGUCACGAACUGGAAACCCGGGAAGGGAUGGGCUGAGAACUUGGAAGCGGGAUGCCGGGGCGCACCCGUGUCGCGGUCUCGAGUGUAUGAACUUUGGAGGUAGCACAUCCGCUCCGCUCCCCCCCGAGACGGGAUGCAUGGUGCAUAUGUUCCCGUAG